GGCAUCGAAGGGGAAAUGCACGCCUGCCUCUUCUCGUCGGAGAACGGCGCGUGGAGCGCGCUGACCUCCGCUCUGAUCGAUUACAUUUACCAGCUCCCGCCGGACUACUCCACCACCUCCUGCAUCACCAUCGACAAUGUGCCGGCCGCGCUCAUGGGGAACGAACUCUACUUCAUCGGUGACUUCGGCAAUGAGAUCCUGCGGUGCGACCUGGUCGGGGAAAACCUCGCCGUGGUCGAUCCGCUGGACGUGGAGACUUGCUACGACGGCGUCGUCGUCAUGCCAGAGGAGAACGGCAGGCUGGGAUUUGCCUUCGUGAAGGCCAACAGCCUCCAUCUGUGGUUGAUGGAGACGGGCCCUGAACCUGAUGGAUACGGCCGAUGGGAAAAGCGCAGGGUCAUCGAUCUGGAGACGCUGUUCCCAAUUCUCAACCUCUCACCGUAUUUGAGUGGCUUUGUGGAUGCAAUCAACUGCAUUGUUGUGACAACAGGUGAUGCUCUUUACACCAUUGAGCUCAAGAUAAUACUGACAAGGAAGGUGUGCAAGACGGAGAAACCCUACUCUUAUUGCUGGCUGUACACUAGUUUCUACAUUCCAGCAUGUGCUAGUGGAAUACUUGCAGCACCUGCGGCCAAUGGAGACUGAGUGAACUUCUGUGAGCCAUUUGAGGACAUAACCAGGCAAAUGGAAUGCAAAUCCAUCACUGUGCAGUGCUGAUGCUGUCCGGUGUUUUAUUUCCUACUAAGCAUUUGAGCAAAUCUAUCAUCUGCAGAGCUGAGGCUCGUGAGAAAGUUUCAGCGAAGAAUAGUAUCAGCAGUUAUCUUGGUCGACUAACAUUCUUCAAAUCAAAAUUUCUGUUUGUAUGAAUAAAAAACUAUGUUUCAGUUUAUUGCAGUCGUGAGUCUUUUACCGGUC